UGGAGCAGAGCCGCCGUCCGCCUGUCACACCUGUCGGUCUCCCCCGUCCGUGUUGAGCAGGCUGUGGUGACAAUCGCUGGACAAACAGUUAUAUACGCGUUUUCCUUUUCGCUUUUUUUUUCUCGAAGAAAAGUGAAUUUCAUCUGUCCGUUGUCAACACUGGAGGCCUCCCCUGCUGUGUUCAGCUCAUUUCCUCCUUGACUAGCCGGAGGAGCUGCUCCCAGUAACCCCUCCAGUUGCGGACAUGCCGCCAGUGUAAAUCGGACCAGAUCAGUACAAGGAUGCGGAGUCGAAGUAACUCCGGCGUGAGGUUGGACGCCUUCGCUAGGCUGGUCCAUGACACCAUCCUAUGCCAUCAGAACCCCGUGACCGGGCUGCUUCCUGCCAGUACUCAGCAGAGAGACGCCUGGGUGCGGGACAACGUGUACAGCAUCCUGGCCGUGUGGGGCCUGGGAAUGGCCUAUCGCAAGAACGCCGACCGUGACGAGGACAAAGCCAAGGCAUACGAGCUCGAGCAGAGUGUGGUGAAACUGAUGCAGGGACUGCUCCAGUGUAUGAUGAGACAGGUGGAGAAGGUGGAGAAAUUCAAGCACACCCAGAGCACCAAAGACUGCCUGCACGCCAAAUACCACACGCCCACCUGCGCCACGGUCGUCGGGGAUGACCAGUGGGGUCACCUGCAGGUGGACGCCACCUCUCUCUACCUGCUGACGCUGGCGCAAAUGACUGCGUCAGGUCUGCGCAUCAUAUCGAACCUAGAUGAGGUGGCGUUCAUCCAGAACCUGGUGUUCUACAUCGAGGCGGCGUAUAAAGUGGCUGAUUACGGUAUGUGGGAGAGAGGAGACAAGACUAACCAGGGAAUUCCUGAACUGAAUGGGAGCUCUGUGGGCAUGGCGAAGGCAGCAUUGGAGGCCAUUGAUGAGCUCGACCUGUUCGGAGCUCACGGAGGCCCCAAGUCAGUCAUUCAUGUUCUCCCAGACGAAGUGGAGCAUUGCCAGUCCAUCCUGUGCUCCAUGCUGCCUCGAGCCUCCACCUCGAAGGAGAUCGACGCCGGGCUGUUGUCCAUCAUCUCCUUCCCUGCGUUUGCAGUCGAGGAUGCUGACCUGGUCAGCAUCACUAAGGGCGAGAUCAUAUCCAAGCUGCAGGGGCGUUACGGGUGCUGUCGGUUCAUCAGAGAUGGCUACAGGACCCCCAAAGAGGACUCCUCUCGGCUACACUACGACCCAGCAGAAUUAAAGCUCUUCGAGAAUAUUGAGUGUGAAUGGCCAGUGUUUUGGACGUACCUUAUACUGGACGGCAUUUUCACCGGGGACCAAGUACAGGUGCAGGAAUACAGGGAGGCUCUGGAGGGCAUUUUGAUUCGAGGCAAACACGGCAUCAAACUGAUCCCGGAACUGUACGCUGUACCGGCCGACAAGGUUGAGGAGGAGUACAGGAGUCCUCACACGGUGGACCGCGUGGCCCUGGGUCAGCUCCCUCACAUGUGGGGGCAAUCCCUCUACAUCCUGGGCAGCCUUCUUGCAGACGGGUUUCUCGCUCCUGGAGAGAUAGAUCCUCUAAACAGGAGGUUCUCCACUGGGUUCAAACCAGAUGUCGUGGUCCAAGUGAGCGUAGUGGCAGAGUCCGAGGAGAUUCGGAGUUUGCUGAGGGAUUAUGGGAUUGAGGUGCAGACGGUGUCAGAAGUCCUGCCCAUCCGCAUCAUGCCAGCUCGAAUCCUGAGCCAGAUCUACGUGAAGCUCGGAAGCAGCAAGAAACUGAAGCUGACUGGGCGACCGUACCGACACAUUGGAGUUCUGGGAACCUCCAAGUUCUACGAGAUCAGAAACCGCACCUACACUUUUACCCCACAGUUCAUUGAUCAUCACCACUUCUACCUGGCGCUGGAUAACCAGAUGAUCGUGGAGAUGCUGAGAACUGAGCUGGCUUACCUCUCCUCCUGCUGGAGAAUGACAGGAAGACCUACUCUCACCUUCCUCAUCACGCAGAGCAUGCUGGUGGACGACGGCGAGAGCGUCGACCCGUGCGUCCUCUCCACCCUCCGCAAACUUCAGGACGGCUACUUUGGCGGAGCGAGAGUCCAAAUGGCCAGCCUCUCCACGUUCCUCACCACCUCCUUCCACACCCAGCUCAGCUUCCUGGACGCCGACUCUGAUGAAAACCUUCUAGAAGAUUAUGAGGAUGACGAAGAGGAAGACGAUGAAGAUAAAAAGCACAAACAUUUGUCUUCUGAAGGUUCCAACGAUGUCCUUGACCAGUACCUCACACAGCUGUUACAGAGCACGGCCACAAAGUCGCAUCUUCCUCCCAUCCAGAGGGGGCAGCAGCACGUUUUCAGUGCGGAACACACCACGCGGGACAUCCUCACUCUCAUGGCCCAGGUGCAGGGGCUCGACAUGCCGAAACCUUCUAUGUAUCUUCCUGUGGUGCCCAUCAUGAACAAACACAGGAAGUCUCUGAACCUGCUGGAGGUCCCUUAUCAACACCGUCCUCCUCACCAACACAAGGCUUCUUCCGUUGACCUGCACCUACCCCGCGAUUCCCACGGCAACCCCGACUUUGCGGCUCUGGUCAGUCACCUGAAGGAAUGCCCCACGCUGCAGGAUCAGGCGGACAUCCUCUACAUCCUUUAUGCUAUGAAGGGUGCAGACUGGGAGGUGCGUAUGUCUGGACCAGGUAGAGCUACGGUGCGCUCUCUGCUGGAGGAGCUCUACGCCAAGGCUGGAGCGUCUAAAGAGUGGGGGCUCAUCCGCUACAUCUCCGGCAUCCUGAAGAAGAGGGUGGAGGUCUUGGCAGAGGCCUGCACUGAUCUGAUCUCGCAUCAGAAGCAGCUCACAGUGGGACUCCCCCCUGAGCCCAGGGAGAAAGUCAUCACAGUGCCUCUACCACCUGAUCAACUGAAUAACCUGAUCUAUGAGGCCAGUGGCCAGGACAUAAGCAUUGCUGUUCUCACGCAGGAGAUCAUGGUGUACCUGGCCAUGUAUGUGCGCUCGGAGCCCAGUCUGUUCGGCGACAUGCUCCGUCUGCGGAUCGGCCUCAUCAUGCAGGUGAUGGCGACCGAGCUGGCCCGGAGUCUGCAGUGCUCAGGUGAGGAAGCCUCAGAGGCGCUGAUGAACCUGAGUCCGUCCGACAUGAAGAACCUGCUGCAUCACAUCCUGAGCGGGAAAGAGUUUGGAGUGGAGAGGAGCGUGCGCCCCCUGGACUCAGCCACCAGCCCGGCCGUCUCUAUCCACGAGCUGGGGCACACGGGCGCCACUAAGACAGAGCGUACAGGCAUUCGCAAGCUGAAGAGCGAAAUCAAGCAGCUUGACGACUCCAGACCAAUAAGCAUCAUUUCUGGCAGUCAUUCCACCAGCAGCAAUGUCACGUCCCCCCGCUCCACGCGGUGUAGUAGUCCCUCCACUCCCAGCGGGGUGCUGUCUCCCACGGGCCCCGGAGACUCCCGUCUGCUGUGGGAGGAGCGCCAGGGUCAGUGGCUGCGUCGGCGGCGUUUGGACGGGGCCAUCAACCGCGUCCCCGUGGGCUUCUACCAGAAGGUGUGGAAGAUCCUACAGAAGUGUCAUGGCCUGUCCAUAUUGGGAUACGUGCUGCCUUCAUCCACCACGCGAGAGAUGACGGAGGGAGAGAUAAAGUUUGCGGUGUACGUGGAGUCCGUUCUGAACCACGUCCCUCAGCCGGAGUAUCGGCAGCUGCUGGUGGAGGCCAUCAUGGUCCUGACGCUGGUGGCCGACAUAGAGGUCUCCAGCAUCGGAGGAAUCAUCUACAUCGACCGCAUCGUUCACAUGGCCAACGACCAGUUCCUGAACGACCAGAAGUCCAGCGGGGCCAAUGAGUUUUUCCUGGAGAAGGAUCCAGCCACAGGAAUCUGUACCUUCUUCUACGACAGCGCCCCUAGUGGCAGCUACGGAACCAUGACCUAUCUGUCCAAGGCCGUCAUCACAUAUGUUCAGGAUUUCCUUCCUAGCACCAGCUGUCAAAUGCAGUAGGGAAAGCUGCUUCCACGCACACGAUGACCUCACCACUGAUCUAGGACCAGUCGCUUUAAGGGUAUCCUCGCUGUUUACACAGAUGUGCAAAACUGUAAACCUGAUGUUAGAUCAGCUGUAGAGGGCAGCCUCUAACGUGCAGACAGACGACCUCAAAUUGUAAAUUCAUAAAAUUGGAAAUGGAAAAAAAAUUAGGAAGUACUUUUGUGGAAUUGGAUGAAUGUAGUGCUUAUUAAUAAAGUUACUGAUUCACAUGUAAGAUCAAAUAGAUAUUUAUAUGUUUACUUUAGAUGGUCUGGCUAGAUCAGUAAUUUUAGCAUUUAAUAAUAAUUUAUGCUUUUAUUCAAGAAUGUUUUUCCAAAUGUAUGCAGAAUGUAUAUCCACUAGUAGCAAAGAGAAUAGCAUUAGAGGGGAAAUCCCCUGUCCACUUAACUGUGUGUGUUGUUCAUUGCACCCACCUGGGGUUACGAAUGCAGGUCGAGUGCAUUUUAGUGUGUGCACUUGUUGAGACGAGGUGCAAAUGUCCACGCUCGGUCCACGCUGCCCUAGCGUGUCGUACCAUUACACUGAACCAGCCUGUUACCUUUGCUUAGUAAUAUACUGCCCAGUACGGUAUGAACAGUGUACCCUGUAUGAACUUUGCUCUGUAUGAACGUAUGAACAGUACUCUGUAUGAACUGUACCCCGUAUGAACGUAUGAACAGUACUCUGUAUGAACUGUACCCCAUAUGAACGUAUGAAUAGUGCCCUCUGCCUGUAGUACUGUAGAACAAGCAUGUUUACACACAUCUGUAAUGCAGAGAACCCUCGACAUGGCGCUUCCUGUCCUGAAGCAAGUCUCGAGUUUUUUGAGAUAUCCUGAUGGGGUACAAAACCGAUUUUCUUGACUGAGGAACAAAGUGUAGAUUUAUUUUUUUUCACAGAAAAAAAAAGCUACAACAUAACUCUUAAUGCAUAGGCCAGUAAGAAAAACGGUUUAUUGAUUUUCAUCUUUAUUUCCUGUUUGUGCUUGUAUUCUGUUUGCAGCCGUGGGACACGUGGUGGGUCCUCAACACCACCACCUCACUUUUGUGUGGCAGGACUGACCCAGGGUCAGUUUUCCUCAGGACCAUAAAGUGAGUGUAGACAGGAACCCUUGCUUCUAGAGCUAUAUCCUAGAAUAUAGCUUUACCGUUUGCCCCUGUCAGACAAGCACAUGGUUAAUUUAAGCGAUGGUGUUUGUUGUAAUUAAAAGUGGCUCGUUUCGCUGGUGAGUUUCAGAUUUGGUGUAUGAAUUCUGGAGAAACUUCAGAUGCAUUUUAGCAUGGAGGAUCGUACAAACACUGCUGGCAUGUAUCCCACUGUGGUCCUCUGGACCCCUGUAGCUGUUAUUGUGUUCAAGUAACUUAUUAAAAAAUGUAUCCUUGUCUUGC